AUGAGCAAGAAGCUGGGCCUCUUGUUCAUUUCUUCAGCAGCCUUCAUGAUUGGAGCAAUGUUCUUUGGUGCUGGAGCUGAACCAGUGGAAGAUAAACAAGCUUUGCUUGAUUUCCUUCACAACAUUGAUCACUCUCCUCAUCUCAACUGGCAUAAGAACUCUUCUGUAUGCAAAAACUGGACAGGAGUGACCUGCAACACUGACCAAUCAAAAGUUAUAGCUCUCCAACUACCCAGAACUGGAUUGAGUGGUCCAAUCCCACCCAACACUCUUAGUCGCCUCUUAGCACUCCAGACUGUGAGUCUUACAUCAAAUAGUAUAACUGGUUCUUUCCCUUCUGGCUUCUCUGAGAUGAAGAAUUUGACCUAUCUCUACCUCCAAUUUAACAAUUUUUCUGGUCCAUUGCCAUCAGAUUUUUCAGUUUGGCAUAAUCUUACUGUUGCCAAUUUAUCCAACAAUUCUUUUAACGGGAGCAUCCCUUCUUCAGUUUCAAAUUUGACUCAUCUCACUUCUUUAGUCCUAUCCAGCAACUCUCUUUCAGGUGAAAUUCCUGAUCUCAAUAUUCCUAGCCUGCAAGAGCUAAAUUUGGCCAACAAUAACCUUAGUGGGGUUGUGCCUAAAUCCCUUCAGAGAUUUCCAAGUUGGGCCUUUUCUGGUAACAAUCUUACCUCAACAUAUGCACUUCCUCCUGCUUUUCCUUUUCAACCCCCGAAUGCUCAUCCUAAAAGGAAAACCAAAGGACUUAGAGAACCAGCAUUAUUAGGUAUCAUCAUUGGUGGUUGUGUGCUGGGAUUUGCAGUGAUGGCAUUUUUCGUGAUUGUGUGUUGCUAUAAGAAAGGUGGUGAAGAUGGACAACCAGUGAAGUUCCAGAAAAAAGAAGUGUCUCGGAAAAAAGAAGUUUCAGAAAGUCGAGAGAAAAACAAAAUAGUCUUCUUUGAGGGUUGCAAUCUUGCAUUUGACCUUGAGGACUUGUUGAGAGCAUCUGCUGAGGUACUUGGAAAGGGCACAUUUGGUACGGUAUAUAAGGCUGCUCUAGAGGAAGCAACAACUGUGGCGGUGAAGAGGUUGAAGGAGGUUACGGUUGGAAAGCGCGAGUUUGAACAGCAAAUGGAGGUUGUGGGGAGGAUCAGACACGACAAUGUGGCUGCACUGAGGGCAUAUUACUAUUCAAAGGACGAGAAACUUAUGGUAUAUGAUUACUACGAACAGGGCAGUGUCUCUGCAAUGUUGCAUGGCAAAAGAGGAGAAGGCAGGAUUUCUUUAGACUGGGAUAGCCGUUUGAGAAUUGCAAUUGGUGCAGCAAGAGGCAUUGCUUACAUCCAUGCUCAACAUGGAGGGAAACUAAUCCAUGGAAACAUAAAAUCCUCAAACAUCUUCCUCAACUCCCAAGGUUAUGGUUGUCUAUCUGAUAUUGGUCUAGCAACAUUGAUGAGUCCAAUACCCCCACCAGCAUUGAGGGCUACAGGGUAUCGUGCAUUCGAAGUAACAGACACACGAAAAGCAACCCCAGCAUCUGAUGUCUUUAGUUUUGGGGUGCUGCUACUUGAGCUUCUAACUGGGAAAUCACCUAUGCAUGCCACAGGAGGUGAGGAGGUUGUUCACUUGGUUAGGUGGGUGAAUUCUGUUGUUAGAGAGGAAUGGACUGCAGAAGUGUUUGAUGUAGUUUUACUGAGGUAUCCAAAUAUAGAGGAAGAAAUGGUUGAGAUGCUACAAAUAGGGAUGGCAUGUGUUGUGAGAAUACCAGAUCAGAGACCAAAAAUGGAAGAGGUGGUGAGAAUGGUGGAGGAAAUUCGUCGAGUAAAUACUGAAAAUCGACCAUCCACAGAAUCUAGAUCAGAAGGUUCUACUCCAACCCCUUAUGCAAUUGAGACACCUUCUACAUGUCUUCCAUAG